ACUUGUUGUUUAUUUACAUAAUUUAAGACAUUUGACGACAUAUUAAGUGAGCUAAGAAGACCUGAUAAAAUCAUCUACACUCAUGAUCAAGUACUUUGUUAUGGGAUUACGCGGUUUCUUUUUGCUGGCUGCUAAGAUCUGGAGUUUCGUUUGCUACUGCUUCAAAAGACAAGCCAGGACGGUUAUACAACAUCAAACAGUUAGAUAUGAAGUAAUACAACUAUCACCGUUAUCCAAGCAUAGACUUAGUAUGCUAAAAAGGAAAACACUAGUAUUGGAUCUAGAUGAAACACUGAUACAUUCUCAUCAUGACGGAGUAUUAAAGCCUACAGUAAAACCUGGAACCCCACCUGAUUUUGUCCUUAAAGUGAAUAUUGACAGACAUCCUGUAAGAUUUUUUGUACACAAAAGACCACAUGUGGAUUAUUUCUUAGAAAUUGUAAGCCAGUGGUACGACCUGGUGGUUUUUACAGCUAGUAUGGAGAUUUACGGUGCGGCUGUAGCUGAUAAACUUGAUAAUAAUAAAGGCAUUCUACGUCGUAGAUAUUAUAGGCAGCACUGUCAUUUAGCAGAAGGCAGCUACACUAAGGAUUUAUGUGAUAUCUGCAGCGACCUUUCCAGUAUAUUUAUACUCGACAAUUCUCCAGUGGCAUAUAGGAAUUAUCAAGAUAAUGCUAUCCCUAUACGGUCAUGGUUCAGUGACCCUACAGACACAGCACUUCUCUGUUUGUUACCAAUGCUGGACGCUUUGAGGUUUUGUAACGAUGUGCGAUCAGUGCUUAGUAGAAACUUACAUCUACAUCGGACAUAGCCCUGGAGUUUGUUUGUGGACAUUGUGUCAUCCUCACUGUAAUAUAGAACCUUGUAUUAACAUAUAUGUGUAUUACACCAACACACACACACAUACCCUACAUAUCACCAUCUCCCCAAACAUACCACACCUCAAUACAUAUCAAAGACGAACCUUUUGUAUCGCACACUAUAAAUCUAUUGUCUCUUUCCCUAUCCAGCUUCAUCCAACACUCAGAGACCCAACAGAAUUUUUUUUUCGUAGUCCUAAUUUUAUUAAAAAUACCAGAUUCCCUUCCAGUACAUAAAAAUCCAUUCCGUUUCUUUAUUUCAGACGUGGUAACAAUUGGUGUAUUUUGUAAAGACAACACAUUUACGUGCUUUGCUGCAGGCAUUGCUUCAAAAUCUGUUAUUACUUUUAAAGCACUUUUUUAAACAAAGUUUGAUUUUCAAACAUGACAUAUGACUAGCUAUUUGCUAUUCUACAAUUCAAUUGAUCUACAACAUGGCCAGUGGAAUGUUUGUGGCUGCAUCAAAAUUUAAGUUAUCAGGGACAUUAUCAUUCAUAUACUGGUAAGUUUGAUCCUGUUUAGAGCUUUCAACGAUCUCAUAGCAUAGUGACAAUGGCUUUUAGAUUUUAUGUAUCAUGGGUUUGGAUCUAAUGUUAGAUUCAAAGAUAGUUACUAUAGGUCCCCUAUGAAAACUUAGUAGUAGUGACAUACAUAUGGUAUAUAUGUGGAAGUAUGUUGUACUCAUUGACUGAAAAUUGGCAUGUUAGGCAAAGAUCAUAGGCCACUGGGUACCUCAUCACUUAGUCAUGUGAACAGGUAUGCUUCGGCUUUAGAAUAUUAGAACAGGUACACUUUUGCUUAAGACGAUUUUUUCUCCUAGCCUGUUGGGUACUGAGCUGCCCUUUCAUCAACAUUCCUUUAAUAAAGGAUUAGUAUAAGCUUAUAUAGCUGAUACAUAUAUCUACAAACUGAACAAUCACUUUUUUGGGUCUGUGUUUAAAAAUUCACUAGCUUCUGCUUCCAGCACAUUAUACAUUUACUUUUAUUUGUCAACAGAAUUAGAAAAUUUCAGAUGUUUGUUCGCUUUGCCAAUACAGUCAGAAAAAUGCAGAUGUUUAUUUACUAACACAACUAGAAAAAGAGAUGUGUUUGCUUUGCCAACACUAUUUGAAAAAUGGCAAUUGAGAAAAAAAACUGACAGAUUAAUAAUAUAAACAAUUGAUAUUAAAUCAUGAGAUAAUUACAAUGAUUUCUACCUCAUCAAACUAUUACAUUAUCUGCCAUUACUACAAUAAAAUAGAGAUUUAAACAGUAAUACUGAUUUCCAAUGUUGAUGAUAUAAGUGCAAACAUUUCCAUGUAUAACUUGUUUUUGAGCUUUUCACCAUUUUGUGCAUGUGGAUGUUGUAAAAUUAUGGUGAAUUUGAUGAAUAAUGUGUUUAACAAUUUCUAAGGUUUACUCCAUAUCAGUAUACUAGUCAAUAAUUAUGAACUAGUUAUGAAAAGGAUUUGUUUGAAUAAUCAAAUUGAACAUUCAUGUAUCUGAAAUAAGGGUAAUAAUAGAUUUUAUAUAUCCUUUAUACAUGGUCUUUGUUGAAUAAUUUCACCAGCAGUACAGUGUUUCUGUAUCAUACAUGUAUA